AUGUCGAAGACGGCAGCGAUGGAUCGGCCCGCGCCCCCACCGGCGCCCUCGCACGCUCAAUUUCUCCUCUCGCAGACGCGCUCGUCGUUGGCCCAUCUUCGUACCUGCGGCGCACUGGAUGCCGCCACGUUCGCCGAGGUCGAUCGGCUCCUGACGGGGGCCGUCCUCAAGGAAGAGACGCCGUCCGGUGCGGCAGCGACAAGGGCCGAGACGGAGGAGGAGAAUCUCGGGCGGCGAAAUGCGUGGCUGAGAGAUACGCUCAGAGAUACGUCCCUGCUUCCCACCCUCGUGGAGACGGCUUUGAACAUCGCCAUUCCUGGCCCGAUCCUCAGCGACAAUCAGAAAGAAGCGAUCGUGGACCUGGUCGAGCGCUCCCAAUCGAGCAUCGCAGAAGCUGUGACGAAUCCCAAGAUACAGCGAAAGGCACAGUCCGGCGCAUACGGCACCGCCAAGUCCUCCUAUAUCGGCAUCCGGAAGGGCCUCAAUGCUGCCGGGCAGAGCAUGAGCGAGAUGGCGCGGAGGCGCGAAGAAGCGAGGCUCAAGGCAGAAGAGAAGAAGGCAGAGAAGGAAGGCAAGAAGUCCAUGAAGGAAGAGUUGAAGAGGGAGCGCGAGGCGAUCAUCAAGCAGAGACAGCAGGACAUGCUCGAGGGUUCCUCGUCCUCCGCGAGCCUUGGCACGAUGGCGACGGCGGCUUCUACCGACUCGUCCGCGGCAAGGAGAGCCAGCGCCACCAGUCGUCCGGACUUGGUCACGAGUCCGACCGCCCUCUCUUCUGCGACGGCCUCCUCACGCGCGCCCAGCCUCAUCCCGUCGCAAAUGGAGCUUGGCAUCGAUCCUGACGAAGCGUUGAUGGAUGUAGACGGUAGCGCACUGGCCACGGUGACAUGCAACCGCAUUCCGUCCGCCGAGAACAACAGCGUGGCAGCUACGACCCAGUUUUCGCCCUGGCCUGGCCUCUUGCUCUCCCAGACGCUUGUCGCCAUCUCCGACGAGCCGAUCCCUCCCAUUCGAUUCGGCUUCGGGCAGAUCCCUGAGGAGAGCAGCGCCAGCUCAAGCCUCCUCGACAGGACCCGGACCAAGAAACAGCCACGAAUGAUGAUGAAGACGAAGAUCAGAGACAGCAACAGCAGCGAGAAGCCAGACUCCUCUCGAGAGGUCCUCCGCCCGCUCCCGCCUCUGAACAAGGCUCGUCCACCGAAGGUCAAGCCCGGCGUCCCAUUCAGAGUGGCUCUUCCCAUACAAGCAUAA